AUGGCGGUGCGUUCAGCGAGUGCAACAGCAGUAACGAGCCCAUACGAUCCAACGCAGCUUCCAUUGGGUUGCUUUACGCCGCACAGUGAUUCUCAAACCAAGCGUAGUCCCGCUGCAAACGCCCUACCAGCCCUUACAAUCGCUGCUGCAGCUGCCAUUGCCUUCCCAAUCAAGAGGGGCAGAAACGGAGAUGCGUCUCGCGAAAACGAAAACGCGAAUGACUCGGAUGUAGCUAAGCCAGGCAGCGAGUCAGCGGCCAAAGACAGAACUGCUGAAUAUGACCAUGAGAGCACGAAUUGCCUAAGUCAUGGGGCUUUUGCAACUUAUCCCUGGGGACCAGUUCUCCAUGGACUCAUGCUGAUAGGUAGUGGACUAGAGGUGUUGCAGCAGUACUUCAGCCGCCUGACGCAGCAACUUCAAGGUGCGAACGGAGGCGUCUCAGCAGGUUCUCUGCGCGCAGAAAACGGCACAAAGCUUCUAUGGUUUGUUUUGCAGUGCCAUCUCAAAAUUGUAUGCUCGGCAGUUAAUCAAGCUGUUGGGAUGGCCAGACUAACCAAAGUUUACAGUAGUGACAGGUUAGAAACCAAGCAAAACAUGCAGCCUGUGGAGAGAGACCACUCAUCUGAGGCGGCGGGAGUUCAUGAGAAACAUGCGGACGGGGAACGUAAUAUUUUUGCGGGAGGUUGGACCUGGGCUACUCACUGCGCUGCUUCCUGUCAAAAGGCUUUGGUGGGAGGCGUAGCCGAAACAGCAAAGUACUCAUCUGGGGCCCGGUUUUACCCAGGGCAACCGAAGCUGCUUGACACCAACGUAGCGUACACUUGUUUGCGGAAGCUGGGCGUAGGAGGCCAUUGGGUACCCCAUUGGGAAGCUAUUGCUCAACGCGAAUUGGAAGAGGUCAUCUUCACCGCCGUCACCGCGGCGGCGUCCGCGGCUGGGCCAACAUACGUUAAAUUUUUGCAGGUUUACCGCGCAUACCUGCUGCUGUCGAACGAAGCGAGUGAAAAGUCAAAACGCACUUUCCUCGACCAUGCCUUUGUUCUAGGUGGCAGCUUGUCAAAAUCUGCAGCUGCAGAAAUCGGCAGCGGAGAUAAGUUGCCUCCAGUCGCUGUUGCAGUGAAGGUCAUGAGGCCUGGAGUGCGAGAGGCGAUGGAAUUCGGCGUGCUUGUCUACCGCAGCGUGGAGGAGUUCGCAGUGGCUAUGCGGCGGCAACUGGAUUUUGGAUUGGAAGAAAAACAUCUGAAGCUCUUCCGCGCAAAUUUUGGGCUUUCAACGAUCCCUCUUCCUGAUGAUCUGCUACCGAUGCGUAACAGGUGCAGGCGGGCUAGCCGGCCAAGGCAAUGCGAAGCUCCCAUGGAAGACGGGAAGGCAGAGCAGAAGGCAGAGCAGUAUCACACCAACAUACUGGGUUCCUUGUCGCGUAAGAUACUUGGGAUGCGUCGUCAGGUUACGUUUCCGUACCCAUUUGAGGCUCUAAGCAGCAGCGAAGUGAUUGUCAUGACUCUAGAGUCCGGCUUCACUCUCAACCAGCUAUUUAAAAUCAGAGCUGAACCAGAGGAGCUAGAAGAGUCUCCACGCAAUCAGCGGGACCUUCGCGAAGAUCGAGGCCUAGCAAUGACUAAACGGGAACAGGGUGACUCCCCGGUGUCCUUUCCCAGCCUCGCCGCGAAGAAGAUUAUAGAGCUUAUAUUUCCCGUCUUGCCGGCAACCCUGCCAAGUCGGUUGCUCACAAAUGUUCCACACUUUGACGCUUUAGCCAUGCUUCAGAGGGCUAAGAGAAGCUCCUGCCAGGAUAAAGAAGGAUUUUGCUCCGAGGUCGAGCAGCUAAUUGAUGAGCAUCACUUUGAGGAGGGCAACUCGCUGCAGAUGAGUCGCGUCCGGCUUACGUCGUUGAUGGGGCAUAUGCUCUCUGUGUCGAAAAAGUAUUGUGUGGAACUAGACCCUUCAUUCGUUUCCAUUGUGGUGGCGAUGUCUGUUUUAGAAGGUGUCGGGGCGCAACUCUGCCCUGAUGCGGAUGUGUUGAAGGCUGCGUUGCCCUACAGUCUGAUGGCUGCGAAGCUCCUCAACCCUGACAGCAGCAGGAAAGCCUGA